AUACGCAGGCACCGACAGUCACAUCGCCAACUCCGACUGAUGAUACAUCACGCACCUCCGAAGUCCACACCAAGAUGGAGGACGUAACCGAAGUGACACAAAUCGACUCUGGAGAAAGCAUCGACGAGUUUCUCAGGCUGGAAUCUACACUUGCCAGAGAGGCCUCAGAGGCUAACAGUGGAACUCUUGACAAAAGCCUUGGCUUGGAGACCAGUGGCAACGAGCAUGAGACAGCACAAGAGCGCGAGCGCAAUGUAAGCAUCUGCUCCGUUAUGUCUGAAGAUGAUCCUGCCUUGUUCCUGCGUGCCCUGUUAACCAAGGGUCGCCAGGACAGCGUAGCCUCUACCUCGUCCGACGGGGUUCGGGUGAUGGAGGUCACCUCACCACACUCUGUCCUGCACGAGCACAGCUACGACGUCGAGGAGCCCGAGACUACUGACGCAGAGGAUUCCCAGGAUGAGGACGAUGAUGAACAGACGCUGGCUGGAAGUGAAGGAGAGGAAGAUCUCCUGGAGGAGGCUGAAGAAGACGACGAGGAACCAUCUCCAGAGGAGGAAGGGUUUCCGUCCAUCCUGUCUCCAAUCAGUGAACGCAGUGAGCCAGGGAGUUCAGAGUCGCGAACGCCCAGCCCUGAUGAGGUCAAUCCCGUGGGCGAGAAGCUACCGCGCGGCUACAGCGCGUCUCAGUCUCUACAUGGCACCAUGCGCUCACUGCUGGACAAGCUGAAGAUGCCGCGCUGGUCGGCUGUGGAACGACUAGCGGCCCUACCACCACCCUCCGCGCAUCAAAGAGCUCUGGCUGCCACCCUGGCCGUAUCAGAGUACAGUCCGCGGCCGUCAUUAGCAAGCUCCGGAGAUGAGAGUGAUGACACGCUCGGAGAAAGAGUUGUGGAAGGCUCUGAAGGAAGCGGAAGUCUACGAGCAGCCCGUUCGGGGAGUUUGGAUGAGUUGUCGUCCUCGAGGAGCUCAAUCGAGCGAUCUCGAAAGAUUUCCCGAGAUCUAGAGACACAUGAGCUUGAAGAGUCAAAGCGUGCAGGUGCUGAAAGGAGGGCUUUCCCUUUGCGACGUAGCUGCAGCACCGAGGAGCUCGAUGAACUUAAUGAGUUUCUGCAGCUUGAGAGGCAGAUCAUGUCAGAGACAGAGGGCGAAUGUGAAAUGAGGUGAUGCGUUUUUGGAAAUUAACAACAUCGAAGUCAAAGUGUCUCGCUACAAACUUUGUGUUGUGACAUGCAAGAGCAUAACGAUGUAAUGAUUGAUACUAACUGCAGUGAGAGUCCGGGAGCUGUAGCUAGCAGUGUGCUGUGUUUUCAUUUAUUUAUUGAGCUAACUACGCGUGAAGAUUAUUUUGCAGCCGCAUGUCCCAAUGCAUGCGUAUUUUGCAGCUAGCCGAUGCUUAUCAAGGGGACCAAACAAGACAACGGCCCUGUUUAACCA